AGGCCCGGCGCGCCCGCCCCGAGGGCGGUGUUUGCGCUACAUGCGUACUUUACGUACCGUCGCUCCGCCGCUGGCUCCUUCCGUACUCCAAGUGCGUGGAUCGGCGCUCCGCUUACACACUUUUCUCCGCAAAGUCUCUGCCUGGCCGGGUCUUCUGUUACGCAAAUCGCGUACGUCCAGACCACCCACCUGUGGCAACGCUACAACUACCGUCCCUUCCUCACGGGCACCGAGGCGUCGGAGCGUGCGGCCGGCGGCGGGGGGAAGGGCGUCAGGUUAGUCCCGCAUCCUGCAAGGCACCAGCCUCUUCCCUCUCCUCCUCUACACACGCACUCGCCGACCCGGGCCGAGGGAGAGGCGGUGCUGCCACCUCGCGUGGAGCUGAGCACGAGUGGGGCCGGUGGCCAUUGUGUCCGGCUGGCGAGACGUGUGGCCCAGGGCAGCACUCCACGUGCCGUCAGCUCUUGAGGACAAGUGCGAAGGGGACACUCGCCUCAGCACAGCGCAGCGCACCAGAGGACACCCGGCCUGAGGUACCGUCAGCAGCCCGCGGACCUCCCGUGUCACACCGGUGGUGACCCGCAGCCCGUGGCAGCUUCCAAAGCCGCACCGGUUGUUGAGGAGACUCUGAGCGGCAGCAGACGAUCAGUGAGUGCAGUUUGUGAGUAGCAGCGUAAGAGCAGUGUGAAGCUGCUCUGCUGUCUCACUUGCCGGCUGCCUGAGUGGUCCUGCUCACGCCUGUGAGGGGGAUCUCGGCCGCCAAGUGACGAGCGGCAGCCAAAACUCAGUUCAGUACUUCAGGCCUUUGAAGAACCGUGAUUGAAGGCAACUUUUAACUGUCCCUGCGGUGCUGAAAACAAGUGCAAAGGCCACCCGUGUGUGUGUGUUGGUGUUUACAAGUGAUACAGGAUAGGUAAAAAGAAGAUGUCAGGUCGUCGCGUCGCUGCGGCAUGUGAUAGACGUCAGCUGCCACGGGGCAUGGGUAGCAUGGCAUCCCCCCUCCUUGAUCCGCGUCCACUUCGACUGCCGUUUCUUGAGGCUGACAGUCGCCUCCAAUCGAUUUGCGGGCGCUCGAUGCAGCAGCCUUCGCGGAGGAGCAUUCUUCGGUCCCGGCCGCCGCCGCCGCCUCCUCCCCUGCCGCCGCCGCCGAUCGAUGCGCUCCGGGCUCCGGUCGCCAUCUUAGGGGGAGAGCGAGGGAGGCAGAAGGAAGGGUCGGCCCCUCCGAGGCAUUCCUUGCUUACAAUGUAUAGAACAAAAGUCAGUUUGAAAGACCGUCAGCAACUUUAUAAACUGAUAAUUAGUCAGCUGCUAUAUGAUGGAUACAUAAAUAUUGCCAAUGGCUUGAUAAAUGAGAUAAAACCACAAUCAGUCUGUGCACCGUCUGAACAACUACUGCACCUAAUUAAGUUAGGAAUGGAGAACGAUGACAGUGCUGUUCAGUAUGCAAUUGGACGGUCAGAUACAGUAGCUCCAGGCACAGGAAUUGACUUGGAAUUUGAUGCAGAUGUACAGACCAUGUCUCCAGAGGCUUCUGAAUAUGAGACUUGUUAUGUCACGUCUCAUAAAGGACCGUGUCGUGUAGCUACGUACAGCAGAGACGGACAGUUAAUAGCUACAGGAUCUGCUGAUGCCUCAAUAAAAAUUCUUGACACAGAGAGAAUGUUGGCCAAAAGUGCUAUGCCCAUUGAGGUCAUGAUGAAUGAGACAGCACAGCAAAACAUGGAAAACCACCCAGUUAUUCGGACUCUGUAUGAUCAUGUGGAUGAAGUUACGUGUUUAGCUUUUCAUCCAACAGAACAGAUCCUAGCAUCUGGUUCAAGGGACUACACACUUAAAUUGUUUGAUUAUUCAAAACCUUCUGCCAAAAGAGCCUUCAAAUAUAUACAGGAAGCAGAGAUGUUGCGCUCAAUAUCUUUUCACCCUUCUGGAGAUUUCAUACUUGUUGGUACCCAGCACCCUACAUUACGACUGUAUGAUAUCAAUACUUUCCAGUGUUUUGUGUCUUGCAAUCCUCAAGAUCAGCACACUGAUGCUAUCUGUUCGGUAAACUACAACGCCAGUGCAAACAUGUAUGUGACAGGAAGUAAGGAUGGCUGCAUCAAACUGUGGGAUGGUGUUUCCAAUCGCUGUAUCACUACUUUUGAGAAGGCACAUGAUGGAGCUGAAGUCUGUUCUGCUAUUUUUUCCAAAAAUUCAAAGUAUAUCUUGUCAAGUGGAAAAGACUCUGUAGCUAAACUAUGGGAGAUAUCCACUGGUCGAACAUUGGUCAAAUACACAGGUGCUGGUUUGAGUGGCCGACAAGUACACAGGACACAAGCUGUCUUCAACCACACAGAGGAUUACGUGCUGCUUCCAGAUGAAAGGACCAUAAGCCUCUGCUGCUGGGAUUCAAGAACUGCUGAGCGGAGAAACCUCCUUUCCCUUGGGCACAACAGCAUCGUGCGCUGCAUCGUGCACUCUCCCACCAACCCAGGCUUCAUGACCUGCAGUGACGACUACAGGGCUCGCUUUUGGUACAGAAGGUCAACAACAGACUAAGGACAGCUUUAUAAAAUGGGGGGUGGUCCAGAUACAAUAUAUUAUCUUGUAUUGAUUGUACUGCCAACAGAUGCCUAGAUGAAAGCCGUGCUGUGUCUGAUUUUUAGUUCUGUCAAACGUGGCAGAAGAAUACCCAAGUGCUGACACUUCAGUUUUGCCCCACGCUAAUGUUUUUAUUAGCUUGUGUGUGGCAUUCGUUUUUGUAAGUCAUCUCUAAUUGUACUCAAGGAGUGGGGUGGGGGGGUGAGAAGAAGAAAAUGAUCCUUGCAGGAAGGAUUAAUCUGUUCCUCUAAAUCCUGCAGAAGAUAAUGUGACUGUAUCUUGCUCAAACUGGGCAGUAUGAGCCAGUUUUGCUCUGCUUUUUAUCUGUGCAAUCCUACUGAAGCCUAAAGAAUGGAUUACACAAGUAACAGCAGAACUUGGCAAAUAUUUUAAUGAAGCCUUAAGCUGCCUUCAGUUCGAUUCAUUCUUUGUAAAGCUCUGUUUUGUAUCUUUUUGUCUUGGGGAGGGUUGGUUGAAUUUUUUUUUAUUAAUUGGCCAAGUGGACUUUCAUUUCUGAGCCAGUUUUGUGCCAUAAGACUUUGAAACAGGCUUUUAAAUUGUCUAGAUGAAUUCCAGAAAUGGUGUUCUAGUUCUGCUAUUAAAGCUUGGACUUGAAAUCUCGUCUUCUUUUGAAUUUCAUCUUGGCAAGUAGGAGCUGCAAGUAAAUUCGUUGUAUUUUUAAGGACUAUCCACUCUGCAAGUGUAAAACGUGACAGUGCUGCAGUACAUGAAAAUGAGUUAUUUUGCCAGAGCCCUGCAGUACCCUCUCAAAGACAGAAGCUCGUUUGCACGUUAUUUUUUGUAUCUGUGCCUCAGAAAUGCCACUUUGCUUCUUUUUAUUGAGAAAAUUUCAGUCCAUGUCUGUGAUGCAGCACUUGAAUUACUGUUUUCUUCCUCAAUUAUUAAAAAGAACGCAAUUCCGUUUCCUCUCCCUCUUAUCUCCAAUAGUCCAAGUUUGCCAGACCUCAUCCUGUUCACCAGAAGUACAGAUCAUUACAAAACUGUGCUUAAACCUUCUGUAUGUUUGAAAAUUCACUGCUUUCUACAGAUAGUUGCCUGUGCAAAGUUUUAAAUGUGAUUGUUCAGGCAUCUGUGUACAGUGCUCGUGGGUGUCACAUUUGGGAGGCUUCCUGUAGUCAGAAGUUCAGCACUUGCUUUUGUGGAGAUUUUCAAAUGUAAAGUUAUUCUUGCUGCUGGAUUAACUUCCCAUUACUGCUGAUGAAGUGUCUUGUCAAGGGCUGAUGAGGGGACAGGUGGUGUUUGUAUUUAAAUAAAGAUUACCUUUUUAAAAAGUUAUUUAAUAUAUAAAGAA